GAGUCUUGAAAGGCUCGCCGUUGAUCGUGCGUACUUUUUUCAACAGUUAUUGAAUACACAAAUCAUCGAAAUCCAAGAAAGAUGGCUUCCGCAAAGUACUUUACAGGAUACACGUUGGGCUCACCCUCAGCGUCCACUAAAUUUGAAGUCUACCUAGACUACCUCUGCCCCUUUUCCAAAAAGAUCUUUUCUCGCAUCCUGCAGGAUAUUCAUCCACAGUAUCCAUCCAUAUCGUUUACAUUCCGCCAUCAAGUCCAACCAUGGCAUCCACAGGGGACCUUGCUGCACGAAACAGCUAUAGCAGUGCACACACUCGCCCCACAGAAAUUCUGGGAUGCGUCUAAACUCUUGUUUGACGUGCAAACCCAGUUUGAUGACGCCAAGACGUAUGAGCUCAGUCGGAAAGACAUUUAUGAAAAGUUGGUGGGGAUUGUGUCGGAUGGUGUCGGUGUUGACAAGGAGGAGGUGUUCAAGUUGUUGACGCCCAAGGCGACCAAUGAAGGGAACGCUGUUACACCCGUUUUGAAGGUUCAUUUGAAAAUCGCUAGGCAAAACUCUGUUCACGUUAGUCCGACGGUAUUGGUGAACGGACUGGUUGAUAAUAGUGUAUCGUCAUCGUGGGGUGUAGAGGAAUGGAAAGAGUACUUGAGCAAGCUUUUGUAACAAAUUGAAACUAUCAAUAAAAAGUGACAUUAUUUGCA